AUGAAUUCGGAUUUAUUUCAAGAGUUAUUACGCCAUCAAGAAAUGUUGUUUCCACAUUGGAUAUCGAAAAUAAUUUAUUGUUUUGGAAUAACACAAGACCCGCAAACACAAAAUUAUAUGCUUGUAGUUGAUUACGCAUCGGAGGGAGACCUACAUAGCUAUCUAGAAAAAAAUUCAACUAAGGUUACGUGGGCACAAAAACUAGAAAUAUUAGGAGAAGUAGCGUCAGCAUUAGUGGAUAUUCAUCGAAAAGAUCUAAUACAUGGAGAUUUACACACUGGCAAUGUACUUGUUGGAAUGGCCUUAUCCGGUGCCUCUGUAUCCAUAGGAGAUCUCGGAUCAUGUCGUCCAGUCAACGCCUCGACAAAUACAGAUGACAUAUAUGGUGUGCUCCCAUACAUCGCCCCAGAAGUACUAAACGGUGAAAAAUAUACAUCAGCUUCAGACGUGUAUAGUUUCGGGAUGAUACUUUGGGAGGUAUCUGCCGGCCGAAAACCUUUUGACGACCGUCCACACGAUUACAACCUUGCACUGGAAAUUUGCAAUGACCUUCGUCCAGAAGUGAUAGAAGGUACACCGUGGAGAUACGCUAAACUGAUGCGACAAUGUUGGGAUCAAGAUCCGGCAAAUCGUCCAAGUGCCGCAAAAUUAGCGGCGAAUCUGUUGGGAUCAAAAGAUGCUAAUGGAUUCGGCAAUUCGCCGACGGAUAUUAAUGAUAAAAAGUGGAGAGAGUAUUUACAGCGAAUCACUGAAAGCUCCAAACAGCAAAAAGUUGGUGUGCAUCCGGAUGCUGUAUAUUCGAGUCGGUUACUUGAUUUUCCGAUUCGUCGAAAUGGAAAAGUCACGCAAUUAAUGACAAAAAGUGUUGGAAGUAUGAAUGCGCAACCGACAAUUCCUAAAGUUGAAGAAAAAUAA